AUGUUCACAAAGACGGCUCUCGUUGCCCUAGUGGCUUCCCAGGCUUCGGCCUUCCCAUUCGUUGCCGAGAUGGUCGGCAGAGAUCCAGCAGAGAUGAAGAGGGCUGAUCGACUGGUUGCCCGUAUCCCUGGUGAUGCUGCCAGCUGCCCUUUCAACCCAGAUCACAAGGGCGCUGAGCCAUACUCGGCCAAGUACCCAUACUGUGGCGCCAAGAAUGGCGCUCCAGGGUACCAGAUUUGUGCCAACAACAAAGUGCCGGCUGAUGACGACACGGCCCACAGAUUCAUUGCACCAGGCCCAAACGACAUUCGUGGUCCAUGCCCCGGCUUAAACACGGCUGCCAACCACGGGUUUCUCUCUCGUGACGGCAUUGUCACCUUCGCUGAACUCACCGACACCCAGCAGAACGUCUACGGUGUAGGCUACGACCUCGCAGUCCUGCUUGCCGUCCUCGGUGUCGGCCUUGACGGUGACCCGAUCACCACCAAGCUCUCCCUCGGCUGCGAUGCCACCUCCAGGACUGCUACUCCUGGCCUUGGACCAGAGCUUGGUCUCGACGGCCACAACAAGUUCGAGGGUGACACUUCCCUUACCCGCAACGACUACUUCACUGCUGGCGGAGACAACUACAAGUUCAACAACACCCUCUACACCGACAUGAUCAACAACUACUGCAAGGAUCAAUGUAACCGCGAUCACGUUGCCCUCUACCGCAAGGCGCGAUACGACUGGUCCGUUCAGCACAACGGCAACUUCUACUUCGGUCCAAAGUCCGUGCUCCUCUUCGGCGCAUCUUCUUUCCUUUACGAACUCUUCCCAUCUUUCGGCGAGUUCGGCACGGCCAACCCAACCACCAUGUCCUAUUUCUUCCAGAAGGAGCAACUCCCGCCCAACUGGUUCUCCCGUGUCGACCCUUACAGCAUCCCCCUCGUUGCUGCCGAGAUUUUCGCUCAGUACCAGCUGCACCCAGUCGCUUUUGGUGGUAACACUGGCGCGCCAAACACCUUUGUUGGCAUUGGCGAGCUUGGCCCAAGCAUUAGCAACAGCUCGUUGAACGGUAACGCUGCUGGCGUUGUUUGCUUGUUGUACCAGAUUGCUACCGAGAACACUCCUUCGGCUAUCGGUGGUGGUGGCACGCUCAGCAGCCAGAGUGCCCAAUGGGCUGCUAAGAUGCUUAACCCAAUUUUCGGUGGCAAUGGUACUGCUGCACAGUUUGGAUGCCCGCUCAACUACAACAAUGCAUAG